AAGUUUAUUUUUUCGAUUUUUUUAUUUCUAAUGCAAAUGUAUCAGAAAGAUACAAUUUAUGAUCAUUUCUUCUCUUUUGAUUAUCAACAUCAAAUUGCGGUUAAAAAUUUGAAUUUCAAAAUUUUCAACCGAUACCAAAAAUAGUAAAGCAAAAAAAAAAAAAAGGAAAAUUACCUGCACUUUGUGGAAAAUUUUCAACAAGUGUCGUAACGGUAUUUAAUAGUUGUGUGUGAUUUGUGCGUUAGCAUCGUCGAUUGAGUGCAUAGAUACGCAUUUAAGGAGAAGAUCAAUAAAAAAUAAAUAAAACAACCCAAGAAGACACUAUAGUUUCUCUUUUGGAAUACAACUUCACUAGACCGACCGGCUGCAGUUGUUGGAUAAAUAAAAAAUCGAUUUUUUUUUUAUAUAUUUAUUUCGAUAAAAGAAACUAUUCAGAUUUCCUAAAACGACGACACCUACGUGAUGAGUAGAAAUCUAAAUGGACACAAUAAUGCGGCUUUUGUUAAUGACAGUGACAAAGCAAUACAAGCUGGCGACAAGCCCCACUUUAGUCUUGAGCUGACGGAAAAGGGUAAAAUCUCUUUACAAAAUGAUUACGAUCCCUAUGCACAAAGAACUGUGGAGCAUCCCACAACAAAUUCGGAAACAAUGUUCCAUUUGUUGAAGGGAUCUCUUGGAACUGGUAUUCUAGCUAUGCCAAAUGCCUUCAGAAAUUCUGGCUGGCUCACUGGAACAAUAGGAACUCUUGUUAUUGGAGCAAUAUGCACAUAUUGUAUUCACCUGCUUAUCAAAGCUGAAUAUGAAUUGUGUAGGCGGAAAAAAACACCCAGUAUGGGUUAUCCAGAAGUUGCUGAGGCAGGAUUUGGUGAAGGACCACCAUUCUUCAAAAAAUGGGUUCCAUAUAUUGGUCACACAGUCAACGUAUUUCUGUUAAUCUAUCAACUUGGAACAUGUUGCGUGUAUGUUGUCUUUGUUUCUUCCAACAUUAAAUCUGUAUGUGAUUCUUAUACCUCCGAACCAAUCGAUGUUAGAAUGUACAUGGUUUUUGUUUUACUGCCUUUAAUUUUGAUCAAUUGGGUUCGAAACCUUAAAUAUUUGGCACCAUUUUCAACAAUUGCCAAUGCAAUUACAAUGGUUUCUUUUGGAAUCAUUUGUUAUUAUAUUUUCCGUGAUGGUGUAUCAAUGGAAGGAAAAGAUGCAUUUGCUAAUUACUCAACUUUCCCAUUGUUUUUCGGAACAGUGUUGUUUGCAUUGGAAGCUAUUGGUGUGAUUCUUCCACUUGAAAAUGAAAUGAAAACACCCAAAGCUUUUGGCGGCAGUUGCGGAGUACUGAACAAUUCUAUGUUUUUGAUUGUCUUCUUGUACGUUGGCAUGGGAUUAUUUGGUUAUUUGAAAUAUGGAGCCGAAGUUGAAGGAUCCAUUACUCUUAAUUUACCUGACAAAGAAAUCUUGGCACAAUGUGUGAAAGGUCUAUUGGCAUUUGCAAUCUUCAUCACUCACGGUUUAGCUUGUUAUGUUGCCAUCGAUAUCACAUGGAAUGACUAUGUUGCCAAGAAAUUGGGUCCUCAACGAAAAAAAUUGUUUUGGGAAUACUUUGUUAGAACUGCCAUUGUCUUGGUCACAUUUCUUUUAGCUGUUGCCAUUCCAAAUUUGGAACUCUUCAUUUCCCUGUUUGGAGCACUUUGUUUGUCAGCCUUAGGACUUGCCUUCCCAGCACUUAUUCAAGUCUGUACCCAUUGGUACGAUAAGAAGGGUUCCGCAAAAGUGUGGCUCGUAGUAAGCAAUUCUUUCCUUGUGAUUGUUGGAGUACUUGGACUUGUUAUCGGUACAUACACGUCACUUGCUGAAAUCAUAAAAACCUUCUUCGAAGAUGAAUAAAAUUGCCAACAAAAUCUUUAAAGUGGAUUUCCGUAGAAGUAAAAAGAGCGCCCUCUGCUGGAGCAGAGGAUAAAGUGAAAUAUAGAUAAUUUUAAUUAACUUAUACAAAAUAAGACAUUCCUGUUAAUAGAAAAGUAUUAUAUAUUAGGCUCGAGAGCUGGAUUAAUUUUUUUUUUUAAACUGUAAUUUGUUGAUUUUAUUUCUUUAAAUAAUGAGAAAUGUGAUAAACACCGUGUAAGACAUUAUUAUUUAUUUUUGUUAUUAAUUGUUUUCCUAAUUACUUCUUUUUUAUUUAAAAUCAAUUUGUAUAGUUGUUAGUAUCCUUGAGAAAAAUUAUGUUAUGGUUUUUGGCAAUGCAUUAUGAUGAUUAUAAAAAAAUUCU